UUUGCCUCCGAAAGGAAUAUAUACAUUCCAGCGAGCAAAAUUCCCUCCCAAUACCAAAUUCUGAUAAAAGUUCCGAAGGAAUUUGAAUUUUUUCCAACGACCCCUUCCUUCGAAAGGCUUUACGGCCUGGGUUGGGGUUAAUAUAUGUAUAUGUGUGCAGAUUUGGUGGGAAAUAUUUACAUGCAUAUUCAUUCUGGGAAUUUUUGUGACGUUGGGUGUAUAAUAUAGGCCAAAGUUGUUGGUGACAUUUCCUCGGAGGCUGAAAGAAAAAACGCAUUUUCGCAGCUUUUGUAUUGUUAAGGAUAAACAUUUUAAUGUAUCGUUAGAAAUCUUUGUUUUCCCUGGGUUUUCUUUAGAAAUUUUUGAGUUGGGUUCGCUGGAAAUUUCAUUCUUUGCAGUGGGUGUUUCUUAGAAUUGGUUAAUGCCUAGAAACAAUUGGUUAAUGCCCAGAAACGUAUCACGUAUGAUUUUUGGGUUGUAGUGUGCGUGUCAAAUUAAAUGAGGGGGAAGGGAACAUGGAGGGUAAGAGAAAUUUGGGAAUCUAUGGGCAUGGUAAUGCUCGUUGUUUCUGUAGUUUUUCUUACAGCUUUGGCAGCCAUUGAUUCAGAUUGUAAGCUUCCGAGCAGCCAUUUGGGCAAUGCUGGUCCUUUCUAUCUUCAAAAGACACUCAAACAUAAGGCAGCACAGCUCUGGAAUCAGUGUAAGAAAGAAUUCUUAGAGAUUUCAGAAGACGGGCCAUCAUAUUUGGAUGUUCGUUUCCCAACCCCAUCACAAGGAAAUCAUAGCUUUAUACAGUCUUAUUACACUUUGUUGGCAAAAAGAAGUUUAUGGGAUGCAGUUUCCUAUUUGUUUUCUCGAGAGCAGCACAUUCAUAUGGAUAAUUCUAUUUUACAUGGUCUUCUCAAAGAUGAUGAUGUAUCCGGGGCUGGGAUGAUUAAGUACAAAGAUUUUCUUUCCACUUUGUCCAGGGUGCCGAGGAGAUCCCUAAGAUUUAAAAAGUACAAGCGUGUGGAUACAGAGUCUGAUCAAGCUCAUAGCCCGGCUCCAUCUCCAGAACAUGCUGCAGAGUCACCGGUUUCUGAUCAAGGAUCAUCCGAAGAAGCCGCUGAUGUUGGCUCUCACUCCUCUGAUUCUUCUUCAUCCGAGCCUAAAAGUGAGUCUGAAGAAGAACCAAACGAGACUCCAAACUCAUUAAUUGCUGCUCGGAAGACAAAGAAAGCUGCAAGUAGUUCUUCGGGAAAUGAGGGCAGCACACUUAUCGUUGUUGCUGUUGCUGGGGUCACUUUCGCAGCACUUCUCAUCGUCGUGGUUAUAUUCUUGGUUUGCUCUGUCAAGGAAAUGGAUGACAAUGACGGGUCAAAGGAUGAAAAACCUCUCAUUAACGUUGCGCCUGCUGAUAUCCCUGCUGCUGCUGAGGCUGAUUCUCCAGAGAAUCCUGAGAAUCCUGAGAGCACAGAAGAUCCUGGCAACAAUGAUUCCCAGAGUUUGCCUAUUGUUGAUAAUCUCCCAGUUGCAACUGAAACCGAAACUUCAUCAGAAACCAAUACUAUGGCUACCGAAGCUACAGAAGCUACAGAAGUUGCACCUGUGAUAUCUCAGGCAGCAUUACCACUUCCCCCGGGAAAAUCUCCACCUCCUUCUCCACCCACUAGUCCAAGUCCUCCUCCACCAGAACCAUCAAAACCACCAGAACCACAAUCAGGACCCCCAGAACCACAAUCAGGACCUCCAGUGCCUACAGUACCUCCAGUACCUGCAGGACCUCCAGCACCUAAACCCCCUGCUCCUAAUUGCCCUCCACCUCCAAAAGGGGCUCGCCCUCCUCCUCCACCUAAGCUAGGUGGUGGACCCAAGUGUGCACCGCCUCCUGGACCAAAUCACAAAGGACAUAAUUCUGGGAGUGAGGGAACUGAAGCUGGAGAAUCUCCGAAAGCCAAACUAAAGCCAUUUUUCUGGGACAAAGUUAAUGCGAGUCCUAAUACCUCGAUGGUUUGGCAUGAGAUAAGAGGGGGCUCAUUCCAGUUUAAUGAGGAUCUGAUGGAGUCACUGUUUGGAUAUUCUCCAGCAGAUCAAAACAAAAAUGACCGCAAGAAAGAAUCUGCAAAGGCUAGUUCGCAAUUUAUUCAGAUCAUUGAUGCUAAGAAGGCACAAAACUUAGCUAUUCUUCUUAAAGCCUUGAAUGUGACAACAGAGGAAGUCUGCGAUGCACUCAAAGAGGGUAAUGAGCUACCACAUGAACUCGUUCAAACUCUGUUGAAGAUGGCACCAACAGCAGAUGAGGAACUUAAACUUCGGUUAUAUACUGGGGACAUUGCUCUUCUUGGCCCUGCUGACCGCUUUCUCAAAAUCCUUAUUGAGAUACCCUUUGCCUUCAAAAGGAUGGAAUCAUUGUUGUUCAUGAGCAUUCUUCAGGAAGAAAUUGCUUACAUUAAAGAGUCCUUUACAACCUUAGAGGUAGCAUGUAACGAGCUUAAAAACAGCAGACUCUUCCUGAAACUUCUUGAAGCUGUUCUGAAAACUGGGAACCGCAUGAAUACUGGGACUUACCGUGGUGGCGCCCAGGCUAUUAAGCUCGAUACUCUCUUGAAACUCUCGGAUGUGAAAGGAACUGAUGGCAAGACCACACUCCUACAUUUUGUUGUUCAAGAAAUUAUUAGAUCCGAAGGCCUAAGAGCUGCUCGUGCAUUAAAGGAGAGCUUCAGUAUGACGAGUGUGAGGACUGAAGAUCUGGUAAGGGAUGCCCCACAUGAUUCGGUAGAGUAUCAUCGGAACCUUGGCCUUAAGGUUGUUUCUCAGCUCGGUGAUGAACUCAAGCAUGUGAAAAAGGCAGCCGUCAUAGAAGGUGACAACCUAACACAGACUGUAGCAAAACUUGGGCACUCACUUUUGAAAUCUAAGGAUUUUCUAAACAAAGAUAUGGCGAGUUUAGAGGGAGAUGAGUUCGGCAUAACACUUACUAGCUUUGUGGAGCACGCGGAAGCGGAAAUCCCAACGCUGCUCACAGAAGAGCAUAGGAUCAUGGCUUUGGUGAAGAGCACCGGAGAUUACUUCCAUGGGAAAUCUGGGAAGGAUGAAGGCUUGCGUCUCUUUAUCAUCGUUCGUGAUUUCUUGGUCAUGUUGGACAAGGUAUGUAAAGAGGUCGAGAAGGAAGCUAAGGCCCAGCAGCAGCAGGUAAAGGCUCCAAAAAAGGAAACACCACCAAUCCCAUUACCUUCUUCCGGAUCCUCCCAAGAACCACAACCACCAUCUUCCUCCCAAGAACCACAACCACCAUCUUCCUCCCAAGAACCAGAACAAUCAUCUUCCUCCCAAGAACCAGAACAACCAUCUUCCUCCCAAGAACCACAACCCGAGUCGCUGAUUGAUAUGCGCCAACGGCUGUUUCCAGCAAUCCAAGCACGACAGAUGGACGACGAUGAUUUCAGUUCAGAUGACGAGAGCACUGAUUCAUCAUAAGCUUUCAGUUUUCCUGCUUCGAUCCGAUCCACACAGUGUGCUUUUAUGGUGUGAAGACAAAUAUUUUCGGGAGCAAAAGGACUAUAAGCCAUUGUGACAGAACAUCUUCCUCCACUGCUGCCACCUGAUGCUAAAUUAAUCGAAUCCUUAACCCAACGUCAACAUUCAUAUUCACUGUGUUGCAUGUUUAGGUGAAUGAGAAAUGUGGGAAUUGAUACAGCAGGGUAGUGUUUUGCAGAAUGAUCUAUCCCUCAUCCCUGUAAGUUGUAACACUUCUUCAUACUUGUUCUACAAAAGAGAGUAAGCUUAGCAUUAUUCAGGCCUUGUACUUCAUUGUAUCCCCAAAUUCCCCUGGUUUGGCUGUAUACAUCUCUGUAUAUAUAUUAAACAAAAAGGAAUCUGUAAUUCUAUUA